AUGACAAGGGUGCUGUUCAUGUCUUUGGUCAGCUUCCUCAUUGCCAUAAAUCAGGCCAGCCUCAUCAAUCGCUGCGACUUGGCCAGGGUGCUGCGCAAGGAGGACUUGGAUGGGUUUGAGGGCUACUCCUUGAAUGACUGGCUAUGUCUGGCUUUUGUGGAAAGCAGAUUCAACAUAUCGAAGGUAAAUGAAAACGCAGACGGCAGCUUCGACUAUGGCAUCUUCCAGAUCAACAGCCAUUACUGGUGCAACGAUUACCGGAGUCACUCAGAAAACAUUUGCCAUGAGGACUGUCAAGACAUACUGAGCCCCAAUCUUCUCUCAGCCAUCAGCUGUGCAAAAAGGAUUGUGUCUGGAGCAGGGGGGAUGAAGAACUGGGUAGCAUGGAGGUUGCACUGUGCAGGCCGGCCACUCUCCUACUGGAUGACAGGAUGUUUCUUGGGAUGA